AUGGCGUCUAUCAAACGCGACGAUGUCAAGCAGCAAUGGGAAGGGGACACAGAGUUUCCUCUGGUGUGUGAGACUUGUUUGGGUGACAAUCCAUAUGUUCGAAUGACCAAAGAAGCCUUUGGCAAAAAGUGUCAGAUUUGCGAGGCUCCCUUUACUGUCUUUGCGUGGCAAGCAGGAACCAAGGGUCGUUUGAAGCGUGUAGAGAUUUGUCGCAAUUGUGCCCAAGCCAAGAAUGUCUGUCAAGUCUGUAUCUACGACCUUCAGUACGGAUUGCCCGUCAAAGUACGAGACAAGGUACUCCGAGAGAGUGGAUCCGCCUCGGCCGUCAUGGCGCCCCCACAGUCUCAAGCCAAUCGAGCCUGGUAUACGGCACAACAAGAACGUGCUCUAGCACAAGGAGCAUCUGCCAAUACACCCAAUGCACUCGCACACGCCAAAUUGGCCGACAUGGCUCGCAUGGAACCGCGCUACGAACGCAAUCUGCCCAAGCUGUGUUCCUUUUUUGCCAAGGGAGAAUGCGAUCGAGGAUCCAAAUGUCCCUUUCGUCAUGAAAUGCCGCGCGACCGCAAUGACCCCAUGUCACAACAAAAUACCAAAGAUCGAUUCUAUGGCACCAACGAUCCCGUCGCCAAAAAGAUUAUCGGCAAACAGAAACGACGAGAAUUUCACGAACAAAAACAAGAUGAAGAAGAUGACUACGAACGUGCCACCGCCACGGCGUAUUUGCGUUAUGUCGGGGAUCCUCCGUUUCCGCCGACCACCGAAGACGAUAUCAGAGAUCAAUUCUAUGCCUUUGGAGAAAUUCUGGCCGUACGAAUCCAACCCGACAAGGGACAAGCGUUUAUCGAAUACAGUCAACCCGAAGCGUGCGAAUUGGCCAUUGCUUCGUUGAAUCGAAAAACACUUUUGGACCGCAUCGUUCAGGUCAAAUGGGCGCGGGCACCCAAACGAGGAGAAGUCUCGGCCGAGAGUACACCCAAUAAACCGCACAACAACGCACGCCAUAACAAUUCACCUCCCAAAAUUAUCCGACCCGCGGCACCGCCCGGUGGUCUCUCCCAAAAUAAGGCACCCUUGCCCAAGGGAUUAUUGGCCGCGGCCGUCAAGAAAGUGACACCGUCGGCCGAAGUGGCGGCCAUUGCGGCGGCAAGGAAACAGGCUGGCAGUACUUCUUUCGCAAGGCCACCGGGUGUCUCUAGUGUGCCGCGGCCGGGUGGCGGUGUUCUGCGGGGGGCGGGAGCCAAGCGAAACAAUGAUGCUUCCAACAAACCGUACUAUCCCAGUGCGUCUCCCUCCCGACUGGGCAGUAAGUCGUCCUCGUCGUGA